AUGGAUCCACCGCCGUCAAUUUCUCCGAAGCGCAAGCAAAAAAUGCCCAUGGCUAAUAUCUUCGCCGCAAAGACACCUGCCCCUCCCUCUUCUUCGAUACCCUCAUCCUCACCCGCAUUUGGCACCCCAGUACACCCCCUGAAGCCGUUCAAAGUGUCAGCACCUUCAAAGCACGCGAUUCUCCCAAUCAUACUCCCACCAGCCACCCUCCGACCCUUGGCAUUUCGGACGUUUACCAAGAAACACAGCUUGACGCUGUCCUCGACUGCCCUCCAAGAACUCGCAACCUUUAUCGGCCGCCAUUGUGGCUCGUCAUGGCGGGAAGAGGGCUUGGCAGAGAAGGUUUUGGAAGAGGUGGCCAAGUCGUGGAAGAAUCGCAAUGGCGGCGUCAUUGUCGACGGCGCCAGCCCAGAGCUGAAGGACAUAUUGAAGACUUUGGAAGGCAACAUGAGCGGGGGCAAGAUUGUGACUGGCGCAAGGGGUCUGAGUCGACAGAAUAGUCUUUUGAACGAACCGGGGAAAGAUGCGGACAUGUCGAACACGAGACUAGGGUUACGGCCAGCACAGUCGUCUUUGGUGCGAGAGGAUAGUCAACAGAGCUUCGGCAUGUCCAGUCUUGGGGUGGAGGAGGAGGAUGACGAGGAUAACGUCAGGGAUCCUCGGAAGUGGCUCAACAUCAUCGACGCAUACGACCAACCGAGAUUCUCUUACAACGUUGCAAAGAAGCAUUUCGAAAGAGAAACGUCGAAACCCUCCCUACUGCCACCAGCAGCUCACAAGACUGCUCUGUUCCGGAAUAGGUAUAAUGUCAUACACCAAAGGCUACUCAGGAAUGAGUCCUUUCAAACAUCAGCCGUUGCAAGCGCAAGAGCACCUUCGCUCAAACGUUCCGCGUCAAACCAACUGAACCAUAAGAUCACACCAAUUGCGAACCUCUUAGGUCGGCAUGGAAGCCAUCACAUGCUUCUGGGUAUGCUGAAUAUUCUACCAGCGGGCGGUCUCGCAAUCAGCGACCUGUCAGCCACAAUUGCGCUCGACGUGUCUCAAGCAGUUGCGAUUCCCGAGGACUCGGCGUGGUUCUCGCCAGGCAUGAUCGUGCUUGUGGACGGUGUCUACGAAGAGGAAGAAGAGUCCGUCGGAAAGGGUCUGAGCGGAAGCAGCGGUGUAGGUGGAACGCUCGGCGGCAGGUUUCAAGCCUUCUUCAUCGGCCAGCCACCCUGCGAGAAGAGGAAAGCCACGUUGGGUGUCAGCGGCCCGGACGGCGGCCAGGACCACACCAUAGGAGGCGGGUUCGGCUGGAUCGACUUCCUCGGUGUGGGCAGUGAGCGGGCUGUUGGAUUCAAGAUGCGGAAGCUCGAGCAACGUCUGCUACCCCGGCAUUCUGCCGAAGAGGUCCCCAGCAGGGGCAGAAUGGUUAUUCUCGGCGAGCUGAACCUCGACCAGCCGCGGUCGUUGCAGGCCUUGCGGAGGAUCCUCACGAUAUAUGCAGCCGAACCCGAAGGCGCCACGCCCAUGAGCUUCGUCAUCACGGGAAACUUCACGCAGCACGCCGUGCUCGCGAGAGGUGGCAGCGGCGGUAGUAUCGAAUACAAGGAAUACUUCGACGCCUUGGCUUCGACACUAUCCGAAUUCCCCGCUCUUCUACAGACUUCUACCUUUGUCUUCGUCCCCGGCGAUAAUGACGGCUGGGUGUCGUCCUUCACCGCGGGAGCUGCGACCCCGCUACCCCGGAAAGGGGCCCCGGACGUCUUCACGUCACGUAUCCGGCGCGUCUUCGCCGCGGCCAACGCGGAAGUCGGCUCCAAGAGCGACGGAGAGGCUAUCUGGACGUCAAACCCCAGUCGUAUGACACUGUUCGGUCCGAACCACGAAGUCGUCGUCUUCCGCGACGACAUCUCAGCCCGCCUGCGUCGCGCAGCCGUACGCCUUAAGACGCCGAAACAAAGCCGGGGCCAAGACGAAGAAAACCAGGUCCCCGAGGCCGAAGACGGCGCGGAUGACGUUGUCAUGGGCGGCAGCGGCCCCAUCGAGACCGCCGCUGAAGAGGAGGCUAUGGACGUCGACAUACCCAGCAAGAAGCCUGCCGUCAAGCAGGUCAACUCGAGCGUCCCGCAGGACGUGCACACGGCGCGGAAACUUGUCAAGACGGUCCUGGACCAGGGGUACCUGUCGCCGUUCCGCCAAUCGAUCCGUCCCGUGCACUGGGACUAUGCGACGGCGCUGCACCUCUACCCGCUGCCGACGUCCAUGGUACUCGUGGACACGACGGCACCGCCGUUCUGCGUCACGUACGAGGGCUGUCACGUCAUGAACCCGGGCAGCAUCCUCGUUCCCGGCCGGACGCGGGUUGGCCGUUGGAUAGAGUAUGAGAUUGGGAAGAUUGGGAAGCUGCGGGAGACGACCUUUUGA